AUGUCAACAGAGCAAGAGAAAAGAGCUGAGCUGGACCGCAAGGCAAGGGAAGGAGUGACUGUGGUUCCUGGAGGAACAGGUGGCAAAAGUCUUGAAGCCCAAGAACACCUUGCUGAGGGGAGGAGGCAAGGGGGGCAAACGAGGAAGGAGCAAAUCGGAGUAGAAGGGUUCCAAGAGAUGGGUCGCAAAGGCGGGUUCAGUUCAAGCGGCGGCUCGGGUGGAGAGCGUGCCCAGGAGGAGGGUGAUCCGAUUGAUGAGUCCAAGUAUAGAACCAAAACUUGA